AUGCUUUCUAGUUCUCCGCAGCCCCUAUUUCCUCAAUCCGCCCGCGACGACGAAACCCCGCCGCCGCCAGGCGAUAUAAACGGCGCCGUUUCGGUGGACGAGUUCCUGAGGCUCAACUUCCAGUCCUUCACCAUCCGCCAGCUCAUCCAGGCCAUCCUCGUCUCCGUCCCUCACUUCUUCGACGGCCAGCAAACCUUCAUCAGCCUCUUCGCCGACGCGCCGACGCCUCAAACACAGCGCGCCUGCUCGACCGCCACCGCCGCCAAUCAUCGAUCCCAUGCGACGACGACUGUGACCGAGUGGGGACUCGACUGCGGCACCACCAGCUCGCUCGUCGCCGGGCUCCCGGCUUCGUCCUUCUUCGCCGGGUGCCUCGUCGGCGGGUUCUUCCUGCCGGCGCUGAGCGACACGUGGCUCGGCCGGAAGAAGCUGCUGUUCCUAUCGUGCUUCGGGAUGUCCGUGGCGGCGCUGGCCACGGCGUUCAGCCCCAACGUGUGGGUGUACUCGGCGCUGAGGUUGGCGGCGGGGGUUUGCCGGUCGUCGAUCAGCACGUGCGUGCCCGUGCUGCUGACGGAGUGCGCCGGGAGCCGGUGGCGUGGUCGCGCCGCCAUCGUCGGCUUCCUGGCUUUCUCGCUCGGAUUGCUGUCCUUACCGGGUAUAGCCUACGCCAACCGAUCCUCAUCGUGGAGGCUCCUCUACAUCUGGACAAGCACCCCGUCCAUCAUCUUCUGCAUCCUAUCCUACCCUUUCGUCACCGAGUCCCCGCGGUGGCUCCUCCUCCGCGGCCACCGCGACCAAGCCGCCGACGUCCUCACCACCCUCUCCUCCCCGUUCACCCUCCGCCGCAGCAAAACCUGCAGCCACAACAUCCCCGAGGAUCCCACCACCAACAACAUCGCAGCUGCCUCCUCCUCGGUCAAGCAGCUGUUGGGGCGCAGGUGGGCCCGACAGAGGCUGGCCGUGGUGGCGGUUCUGGCCUUGGGGACGGGCCUCCAGUUCUUCGUCCUGCUCCUCGGCGUCGGCAACUUGCACCACCUCAGCCUCUACCUCGGCGUCGCCCUUAACGGCCUCCUCGACGUGCCGGCCUACGCGCUCACGUUCCUCCUCAUCGAGACGCGCGGCAGGAGGCCCGUCCUCCUGGCCUCCUGCCUCGCCAGCGGCCUCUGCAGCCUCGCCUACGUGGCGGUGGGCGGUGAGGUUGGGGUGGUGAAGGUCGUGGUGGAGCUGGGGGCGUUGUUCUGCGUGUGCAUGGCGUUCAACGUGCUGGUCAUAUACACGAUGGAGCUGUUCCCGACGAGCGUGAGGAACACGGCGGCUGCGGUGGGGCGGCAGGCUAUCAUGGUGGGUGCCGUCAUCAGCCCGCUGCUCGUUGCCGGCGGGAGGAGGGCGGGGGAGUUGGCGAGCUACGGUGUGGCGGGAGUGGUGGUGGUUUUGUGUGGGUUGGGUGUGGUUUGGCUGCCGGAGACCAAAGGGUUGGCCAUUUCGGAUACUUUGGACGAGCAGGAAAACAGGGAGAACAACGUCGGCGCGUAA